AUGCUAAUGUAUUCUACAGGUGGCAAGGGUGUCAAUGGAACCAAUGCUCCGAGGUACAUGGUCGAGAGUGACUACGACUACGCCUCCGUAGUCUUGGGUCUGCACCAGGAGUUCAUCGAAUUGGAUCUCUUCAACCACGGUGUAGCUAAAUUUUCGGAGCAAGAUUUCCUCGAUGCCGGUCUCACUGCUGAGGACCGCACGUUCCUUUCCUACAUGGCGACGCAGGAAGCUGAUCAUGCUACGUUACUCACCAACAUGCUGGGUGAAUCCGCACCAAAGCAAUGUAUCUAUGACUAUCCUUUCACGACUGUGCGUGAGUACAUUGACUUCAACAUCAAGUUGACGCGAUGGGGUGAAAGCGGUAACUGGGGGUUUUUGUCUCACUUGGACUCUCGUGAGGUAUCGACCUUGUUAGUUCAAGCUGAAGCGGUCGAGGCGCGUCAGCAAAUGAUCUUCAGACAAUGGUUGGGUCUGCACCCCAUGCCUCUCUCCUUCGUCCCUGGCAUUCCCCAAUCAUGGCACUGGACUCUGCUUGCUCCAUACAUCUCCUCGUGCCCUGAGAACAACACCCGCAUUGCCUGGCAGAACUUCCCUCAGCUGACCAUCGACAACCUGCCCAACCCAAACAGGGUCUCCCCCAACGACACCAAAACCGACGAAGUAGUCGGCCCCCGUGUCGCCGACCCCUCCGCCUCCAACCUCACCGACUCAGAAUCCUGCCUCCACAACACCACCCUCGGCUACGACUGCUCCCCCGCAAUCGCCCACAACAGGAGCGAACCGCUCACCUUCCCCGGCCGCAAAGUCUUCCUCUCCUGGGAAGACCCCGGCAAAGCCGUCGGCCCUAACAACAGCUACGUGACCUCCACCUCCGCCGGCGCGCCCAAGUUCGUGGCCUGGCUGAGCCAGAUUAACCUCACGUAUACCCCGCUGGAGGUGACUGGCCAAAAUAAGGGCUGGACGUGGCAGCCGCCGAAUGAGGUGUAUGUGGGCGAUCCGGCGGUCAACGGGACGGUGUUUCUGGCGGUCACGGAUAGUGAUUUGUACUUGACGCCGUUUAAUCUGAGUCUGAUCAAUCCGCAUGUUAAUGCUUUGGGGAUUAUGAUUGCGGGGUAG